UCGUUUCUGCCAAUAAUAGCCGUCAAUGAACGUCACAUGACCUAUAUAAGUGAAACACUUCCAGCCGUGCCAUCAUCAUCCAAAGUGAACUAGUUUAUCCUUGAAACUAAAUAUCUGAGUCCAAGGGGGAGUUUUUUUUGGAACAGGGUUACUGGAAAUGGAACAGAAUGGUAAUCAAAAUCUACCUGCAGGAACCCUUUGCCGAAUGGGAUGUGGGUUCUAUGGAACUGCUGCUCUUGACGGCAUGUGCUCCAAAUGUUACAAAGAUGCUAUAAAAAGGAAACAGAAUUCGUCACCUGUAAGUGGACGUAUUAGCCCGACAGGUGAAGGGGAUAAAGUGGUCAAUGUGACUGCUUCCCUUGCCCAAACUUCUCUAGGACCAUCAAGUCAAGAAAUCUCAUCAACACCUAGUAUAGUUGAAGGUGCAACUGGUGUUGAUACAUCAGUUAUCCCUAGUAUAAAAACUGCCACACCUACCGUACCUGUCCCUAAUUCCAAUCAGGAAAAAGAUAUAGAUAAAAAUGAAGGAGCAGCUGUAGGUGGUGAGGACCCUCAAUCAUCAGAAGCAAAUAAGAAACCUAAAAAAAAUCGUUGCCAUACUUGCAAAAAGAAGGUUGGAUUAACAGGAUUCCGCUGCCGAUGUGAGGGUCUUUAUUGCAGUCUUCAUCGUUAUUCGGAUAAGCAUAGUUGUACAUUUGAUUAUAAGGAGAUGGCUCAGGAACAAAUCCGGAAAAAUAAUCCUGUUGUUGUAGGUGAAAAAAUUCAGAAGAUUUGAAUUUCAUUUGGAUUAGAACAAAACUGGGUGAUCUGGCAAAGAUGAACUGACACAGGGAUUAAUUUUGGUGUUUAACACUCAUUGCCAAAUACCCUUGAACUUUGCAUUCCCAUGUUCAUCAACGAUGAGGUUUUCACUAGAAACUUGGAUAUAUUCAGAUAUGAUGGCCUGUAUGUUUUUAAAUUCUGCAUCUGCACCCUAUCUAGCAGCUUUUUCAUCUAAUUAAAUGAUUUAAAAACAAACACCCUUAAAAGAAAAAAAAAAGACUCAUGGUCCAUGACUCCUUAACUUUGGGAGUCGUUAGCUUCUGUGAUUUGGAGAGAAGGAAAACUAUUGUGUAAUGACAAAAAACAAAACAAAAAAAAAAAGGAAAUGUCUUAAAAGAAAGUGACUAUUUGGUUGGAUUUUCUUUUUUUUAGAACAGCCUUUGCUAUAACUUGUCAUAAUUCUUAGGAUCAAAUUAAUAUUUUCCUUUUAAAACGAUUUUGCUUCAAGAAAUAGGUUGGAGUUAACUCUCAUGUCCACCAAUUCUACACUAAUCUACAACUUCACUCUUUAUUUAGCUUUAAUAUUAUUUUAAAAAUUAUUUAUUAUUCCUCUUUUAAAUUAAACUUUUGCUUUUAUCUUAUCUGCCAAUAUCAAGAGAGCUCGUUUAAAAACUGUUCUGCUCUACAUCCUAAUUACCAGUGAUCAUCUAAGAUGGGUUCUGUGUAAUAAUUAAUUGACUUGUGGAUUUCUGCCCUGAAUUUGUUGAUCUUAAAUGUAAUUCUACAUUUAGCCAAUAAAUGGAUCCAUUGUCUUUUGAAAUUAUUGAGACAUUAUUGGUUGGUGAUUUCAAUCCUUCUCCUUUUAAAUUAUGAAAAAACAAAACAAAUGAAAUCUUAGCAAAAGUGAGAACACAAAUGGAUGUGAAAAAUCUUAAUUCCCAGCAACCUUUUCCUCUUUAAAGCCUGAGUAUCUUGGGUGGUCUAGCGAGAACGGGAUUGAAUUUCUUUGUUAGAAAUUUCUCUAAUAUGAUAUUAGAAGUAUCUUUUGAAUUUAGUAUUGCUAAGAACAGAAGAGCGCAGUUUUUUUUUUUUUUUUUUUUUUUUAAAUUAUGAUUACAUUUUCCUUAAUUUUUUUCUUUUUUUUUUGUUUUAUUUGGCUGAAAUCUGAAAUGGAAGUCACUUGAAUUUCAUAACAGAAAUUUAUUUGGGUAUUUUGACAUAGCUCUCUCAAACUGUCCAAUCUUUUGACUCUGCCAAAUAUUCACUUACACAAUGGAAUGUUGAAAUUUUGCUUGAUUGAAAGUUAUCUGGAUUACCACUAAAAUCUUAAUUAGCAUUUAACUAGUUGUCGUUUCCAUGUAGGUUACUGAGGUUUUUUUGAUACCAGACCAGAUUUCACUAAAACUUCCAACAUAAAUGACAGGCCAGUUGGAGUGCUUAGUGCAACCUAAGACUUCUAUUCUAAUAAUAAUCAUUUAUUUUUACUGUAUUCAGGCUUUAAACCCAGCUUCCUAUUAACAUUUUAUCACAAGAUCUUUUUUAGCAGACUAAUAAUUAUCAAUGUGUUAUUACUGACAAUUUAAUAAUCUUCUUAAACUUCAUUUAUCCAUAACUAAAUCUUCCAAAGACUGCUGGGUUUUCUUUGUUUUUACUCCCAUCCAUCUUUAUGGUAUGUCAAGCAUAUAUUUUGUCUUCUUCCUCGUGCUAUCCAUGGAAGAUUUCUAUAUAAUUUCUAAAUGCUUUUGAGUAUUUUUGUGCUGUUACAGAAGUUCAAUAAAUUGUCCACAUUUUUUCCCCAUUUA